ACUAUCGUUUCCUUGCAAAAGAUAAAUUAGAUUAAUUCAAAUCCGUCUUUCCAUCGGUUACCCUUUACUCUUACAUAGUGGAAAUCCUCUAUCACUUGCACUUUCUAUCACGAGUACCACAAGAACAUACGCGGACACAACCCAAGCCGACGCCGGCAACCAUUUUUACACGUGCAAAAGAAAAAACUUUAUUGUUUUACAUCACAUCAACAGCAGGAACUAAUGUUCUCCUCUACUAUCCAUUCUUUCAAGAUCGUGUGGAAGAAAGGACAUCACUUUUUGUUAAACAAACAAACGACGCUUGCAAAAUUGUCUCUGUACAAAAAAAGGACGCCCGCUGGCCGACAUUUUUUUCCACACCUUUAAUGUACUGCUGUCCGAUCGCUACUGAUCACAAUUUCUCCUCAUCUCAUUACCGUUAUCUCUUCUGCUUCGUUAUCACGACACACCUACACAACUAUGUAAUUGCCGAAGCGGCCGGCCCGAUCUAAUCUUUCGCAUUCUAUUCUUUCACACACACUUCGCUCCUCCUUGACAGAAGAGUGAGAGAAAAAACAACGAAAAAAACUCUUCGCUCCUCUCGAUCUAACACGGUCUAAUAUUUUUGCAUUACAUCAAACACUUAUAAUGUAAUUACAGGUAUUCCCCGAUAUACGCUAUCAAUGCGGACGGGAGGCAAUCGCGUAUAUCGAAUAUUAGCGUAUAUCGAAUUCUUGGUUUGAUGAUAGAUUUCUUUGUAUAUCACGAUCUCUUUGCGGAUAUUUUGACUUACAUUAAUGAACAUUUCUUCAUCUUCGUCCAUUGGUUCUAUUUUCGAUAAUGUUCUUUCCAUAUAACUGUUAAAUUGUUACUGGUGGAUGGAAACUCGUUACGAGAGGCUUUGAAGAAGGAGAACCCUCCUUUCCCAUAGCACCGUGUUGGUGAGUGUGCCGUGGCUAGAAGAAAGGUUUUCUUCUGCUACCAAACUUUCAUUCUCAUUUCCGUUCUUCGAGGUCCCCCUUGACCCUGGGCCUUAGGCGGCCUCCUACUACGUUAGAUCCACCACUGUGUUCAAGGAUGUUUAUUUGGCUGAGCCACCAACAAAAUCAAAUAAAUACCCUGUUGCUUGUUUAAAGCAACUUGCCUACAACAAAUCCCAAAUUUAAAAAAAAAAUACAAGCUAAUUAAUAGUUUGCUUAACCGUAAAGCAAAAGUCAAAUGUCACUUAGCACUUCAACGUCCACUAGCUCAUCUCGUAUACUACCAAGAUCGAAUAAAAACGACUCUUUUGCGAGUUAAAUAACGAUCGCAUCAUCAAACACCAGUCCAAGGUUAUCGUGCGUGAUGUGAACAAAAAAAAAACACUCCCCUCCCGCCAAUCUAGUUUCAGUCCUCAUGUGUUUGGAUCAAGAUUAUAACAUCUUCACAGCACGGACUUUGCAAUAGUAGGUUCAUCCAAUAUUAGAUCCAUUUUGUAUGCCCAUCGUCAAACCAGUUUUGUGCUUUGCCAUUCCACAUUUUGUGAACCGUUUUUGAAAACUCGCUUUCAGUUCGGAAGAUUUGCCUCAGCUCCAGUCGUGAUCAAGAACUCGCACCAGCAGGAGUACCGUUUUUGUGACCAUAGUGUAACGCAGUGAAAAACGCAACAAGUUUCCUUCGGGGUGGUUUCUAUCACCAAAUUUUAAAAUACAUCAAAAUGAACCACACCCGGCAACGAUUAAUACGUGAGCUGACUGUGACAGCGCGGGCUGUCACACAGCCAAGGCCAACAACGCUGCUGCAGCUACAGAAACAACGGCAGCAGAUCCGUUGCAGCAGUACAGAUCGACCGAUCCGACACGCACACUCAACCGCUUCCUGUCCGCAUAUGGUCGAGGCACUGAAUGAUGCAGAUGUGGCCACAACACAAACGGUCAGCAGUAGUGCACGCAAUGCAAUCCGGCUAGAAGACGCACGACCCUACUCGGAAGUCCCGGGACCGAAACCGUUGCCAAUAUUGGGCAACACCUGGCGUGUUUUCCCCAUCAUUGGCCAGUACAAGAUAUCGGAUGUGGCGAUGAUAUCGUUCCUGCUGCACCGUGAUUAUGGUCGUAUCGUACGCCUCGGAGGAUUGAUCGGUCGUCCGGAUCUGCUGUUUGUGUACGACUGUGACGAAAUCGAGAAGGUGUACCGCAACGAAGGUCCCACACCGUUCCGACCAUCGAUGCCCAGUCUGGUGAAGUACAAGAGCGAGCUGCGGAAAGACUUCUUCGGCGAUCUUCCCGGUGUCGUUGGAGUUCACGGUGAACCAUGGCGUGAGUUUCGUUCGCGCGUCCAAAAACCGGUCCUUCAGCUGUCAACCGUCCGCCGGUACGUGUCUCCUCUCGAGCAGGUGACAGAGGAGUUCAUCGACCGGUGUCAACAGUUGCUAGACGAUCGGCAAGAGCUACCGGAUGAUUUCGACAACGAGAUCCACAAAUGGUCACUCGAGUGUAUCGGUCUGGUAGCACUCGAUACCCGGCUCGGUUGCCUGGAACCGAAUCUGGAUCCGAAAUCCGAACCACAGCAAAUCAUCAAUGCAGCCAAGUAUGCACUUCGGAAUGUGGCUACGCUCGAGCUGAAGGCACCGUACUGGCGCUAUUUCCCAACGCCCGUCUGGUACAAGUAUGUCAACAAUAUGGACUACUUCGUAAAAGUUUGUAUGAAGUACAUCAAGAAUGCCACCCAAAGGAUGAAGCUAAACGAGGGCCGUGCUCUGGAGGGAGAACCCUCCUUGUUGGAACGUGUCAUCAAGAGUGAGAAUGAUGAAAAGCUUGCCGUAGUAAUGGCGCUUGAUUUGAUUCUAGUUGGUAUUGAUACGAUUUCCAUGGCCGUCUGUUCGAUUCUGUACCAACUUGCGACACGUCCAGCGGAACAGCAGAAAAUGUACGAAGAGCUGAAGCGACUCAUACCGGACCCGAAGACACCGCUCACAAUCCAGCUGCUCGAUCAAGCCCACUACCUGAAGGCAUUUAUCAAGGAGGUGCUACGAGUGUACAGUACCGUCAUUGGCAAUGGACGUACACUUCAGGAAGAUACCGUCAUCUGUGGCUACCGGAUUCCGAAAGGGGUGCAGUGUGUAUUUCCGAAUCUAGUCCUUGGCACGAUGGAAGAGUACGUGUCCGAUGCGCAACGUUUCAAGCCGGAACGUUGGCUAAAACCGGCUCAGGGUGGGUCCGGCGAUCAGCUACAUCCGUUCGCAUCGCUCCCGUACGGUUACGGUGCGCGCAUGUGUCUUGGCCGCCGGUUUGCCGAUCUGGAGAUGCAAAUACUGCUUGCUAAGCUGAUACGUUCGUUCCAGCUCGAGUACCAUCACAAACCGUUGAACUAUGAGGUGACGUUCAUGUAUGCGCCCGAGGGUGCGUUGAAGUUUAAGAUGACACCGCGGGAGGAUUAGUGUAAUGCAACGCGAGGUUACUUCGGCUUUGGAUGAGUUUAGAUUUGUUUUUAUAUAACAAAAAAAAACCUAUUUUAAUAAACUGUUUUGAAUGGACGAUUUGUAGAAUA